AUGUUAGUGCACUUUAGAAGUUGCCCAUCAGAAGUUGUGAAAGCACAGCUCAGCGAAUGUAACGGCAGCACCCGCUUGUGUUCUCCUGGUGACCCGCGUUCGCCGAGCACGCGUGUUCUUUCGCCGGGUCCUCACGACUCCUUCCCGCAUAGGGCAGCAGACCAUGCUAGUGAGUUCCAGCCCAGGCCGCACUGGAUCUGGGAGCCUUUCAGCACUGCUGAUGCCGGGGCUCCACCUGCUCGACAUUCCCAGCAAUGGGCCUCGGGCUGGGCCCAGGCAUCAGUAUUGUUUAGAACGUCCCGGAGGCGCCUAACUCACAGCAGGGCUGAGAAGCUGCGGGAAAGCGCCCGUCGGCUUCACUGGCCGCUGGCACAGGCCUCGGCAGGUGUGAAACACGGUCCGUGGGGCCGGUGCAUGGGGGAUGAAUGUGGCCCGGGAGGCAUCCAGACCCGGGCCGUGUGGUGCGCGCACGUGGAAGGCUGGACGACGCUGCACACCAACUGCAGGCAGGCCGAGAGGCCCAGCAACCAGCAGAGCUGCUUCAGAGUCUGCGACUGGCACAAAGAGCUGUACGACUGGAGGCUGGGGCCCUGGAACCAGUGCCAGCCCGUGAUCUCACGAAGCCUGGAGAAGGCCCUGGAGUGCACCAAGGGGGAAGAAGGCAUCCAGGUGCGAGAGGUCGCGUGCGCGCACAAGGAGACGGGCGCGCCCGCGGAGGACCUCAUCUGCGAGUACUUCGAGCCCAAGCCGCUGCUGGAGCAGGCCUGCCUCAUCCCCUGCCGGCAGCCCUGCAUCGUGUCCGAGUUCUCCGCCUGGUCCGGCUGCUCCAAGACGUGCGGCAGCGGGCUGCAGCGCCGCGCGCGCCACGUGGUGGCGCCGCCGCAGUUCGGAGGCUCGGGCUGCCCGAACCUGACCGAGUUCCAGGUGUGCCAGGCGGGCCCCUGCGAGGCCGAGGAGCGCGCCUACAGCCUGCACGUGGGGCCCUGGGGCGCGUGCUCGGUGCCCCCCUCGAGACAGGCGAGGCAGGCGAGGAGGCGUGGGAAGAGCAAAGAACAGGACAAGGGCCGCGGGAAAGGAGGGCGCGACCCCGAGGCCCGGGAGCUUAUCAAGAAAAAGAGAAACAGGAACAGACAGAAUCGCCAGGAGAACAAGUACUGGGACAUCCAGAUCGGCUAUCAGACCAGAGAGGUCACCUGCACCAACAAGACGGGCCAAGCCGCCGACCUGCGAUUUUGCCAGCAGGAGAAGCUGCCAAUGACCUUCCAGUCCUGUGUGAUCACUAAAGAGUGCCAGGUGUCGGAGUGGUCAGAAUGGAGCCCCUGCUCAAAAACAUGCCACGAUGCGGCGUCCCCUAAAGGCACCCGUGUAAGGUCGCGGAUCAUCAGGCAGUUUCCUAUUGGCAGCGACAAAGAGUGUCCAGGACUUGAGGAAACAGAGCCCUGUGUGUCUCCGGGCGAGGCAGCCGCCCCCUGUGCCACGUACGGCUGGAGAACCACGGAGUGGACCGAGUGCCGCGUGGACCCUCUGCUCAGCCAGCAGGACAGGAGACGGGGCAACCAGACGGCCCUGUGCGGAGGAGGGGUCCAGACGCGAGAGGCCUACUGCGUGCAGACCAAUGAGAACCUCCUCUCACCCUUGAACUCCCACAAGGACAAAGAAGCCUCCAAACCAGUGGAUUUGAAAUUAUGCACUGGCUCUGUUCCGAAUACCACACAGCUGUGCCACAUCCCCUGCCCAAUUGAAUGCGAGGUUUCACCUUGGUCAGCUUGGGGACCCUGUACUUAUGAAAACUGUAACGACCAGCAAGGCAAAAAAGGUUUCAAACUGAGGAAGCGACGCAUUACCAAUGAGCCCACUGGAGGCUCUGGGGCCACUGGGAACUGCCCUCACUUACUGGAAGCCAUUCCCUGCGAGGAGCCUUCCUGCUAUGAGUGGAAAGCGGUGAGGCUUGGAGACUGCGAACCAGACAAUGGAAAGGAGUGUGGGCCGGGCACUCAAGUUCAAGAGGUCGUCUGCAUCAACAGUGACGGAGAAGAAGUUGACAGACAGCUGUGCAGAGAUGCCAUCUUCCCCAUCCCCGUCGCCUGUUAUGCCCCGUGCCCAAGGGACUGUGUGCUCAGCAUGUGGUCUGCCUGGUCCUCCUGCUCACACACCUGCUCAGGGAAAACCACAGAAGGGAAACAGAUCCGAGCGCGGUCCAUCCUGGCCUAUGCGGGAGAGGAAGGUGGAACUCACUGUCCGAAUACGAGUGCUUUGCAAGAGGUGCGCAGCUGUAACGAGCAUCCCUGUACUGUGUAUCACUGGCAGACUGGUCUGUGGGGCCAGUGCAUUGAGGACACCUCGGUAUCCACCUUCAACACAACAGCAGCUUGGAACAGGGAGGCCUCUUGCUCUGUUGGCAUGCAGACAAGAAAAGUCAUCUGUGUGCGGGUCAAUGUGGGCCAAGUGGGACCCAAAAAGUGUCCUGAAAGCCUUCGGCCUGAAACAGUGAGGCCCUGCCUGCUUCCUUGCAGGAAGGACUGCGUCAUGACCCCAUACAGCGACUGGACAUCCUGCCCUUCCUCGUGUAAAGAAGGGAAUUCCGGAGCCAAGAAGCAGUCUCGGCACCGCGUCAUCCUGCAGCUGCCAGCCAACGGGGGCAGGGACUGCGCAGAUCCCCUCUACGAGGAGAAGGCCUGCGAGGCCCCGCCAGUGUGCCAGAGCUACAGGUGGAAGACACACAAAUGGCGCAGGUGCCAGUUAGUCCCUUGGAGCGUGCAACAGGACAGCCCUGGAGCGCAGGAAGGCUGUGGGCCCGGACGACAGGCAAGAGCCAUUACUUGUCGAAAGCACGAUGGAGGGCAGGCCGGCAUCCACGAAUGCCUGCAGGACGCGGGCCCCGUGCCAGCCCUCACCCAGGCCUGCCAGGUCCCCUGCCAGGAUGACUGUCAGUUUACCAGCUGGUCCAAGUUUUCUUCGUGCAACGGAGACUGUGGGGCGGUCAGGACCAGAAAGCGCACCAUUGUUGGAAAAAGCAAAAAGAAGGAAAACUGUAAAAAUUCUCACGUGUACCCCCUGAUUGAGACUCAGUAUUGUCCUUGUGACAAAUAUAAUGCACAGCCCGUGGGGAACUGGUCAGACUGCAUUUUACCGGAGGGCAAAGUAGAAGUGCUGCUGGGAAUGAAGGUCCAAGGAGACAUCAAGGAAUGUGGUCAAGGGUACCGCUACCAAGCGAUGGCAUGCUACGACCAAAAUGGCAGGCUCGUGGAAACUUCCAGAUGUAACAGCCAUGGUUACAUCGAAGAGGCCUGCAUCAUCCCCUGCCCCUCCGACUGCAAGCUCAGCGAGUGGUCCAACUGGUCCCGCUGCAGCAAGUCCUGUGGGAGCGGCGUGAAGGUUCGCUCCAAGUGGCUGCGCGAAAAACCCUAUAAUGGAGGAAGGCCUUGCCCCAAACUGGACCAUGUCAACCAGGCACAGGUGUAUGAGGUUGUCCCAUGCCAGAGUGACUGCAACCAGUACCUGUGGGUCACAGAGCCCUGGAGCGUCUGCAAGGUGACCUUUGUGAACAUGCCAGAUAACUGCGGAGAGGGCGUGCAAACCCGAAAAGUGAGAUGCAUGCAGAACACGGCAGACGGCCCUUCUGACCAUGUAGAGGAUUACCUCUGCGACCCAGAAGAGAUGCCCCUGGGUUCUAGAGUGUGCAAAUUACCGUGUCCUGAGGAUUGUGUGAUAUCCGAAUGGGGUCCGUGGACUCGAUGCACUUUGCCCUGCAAUCAGAGCAAUUUCCGGCAAAGGUCGGCUGAUCCCAUCAGACAACCUGCUGAUGAAGGAAGAGUCUGCCCCGAUGCCGUGGAGAAGGAACCCUGCAACCUGAACAAAAACUGCUUCCACUAUGAUUAUAACGUAACAGAUUGGAGUACUUGUCAGCUGAGUGAGAAGGCAGUUUGUGGAAAUGGCAUUAAAACAAGGAUGUUGGACUGUGUUCGAAGUGAUGGCAAGUCGGUUGACCCGAAACAUUGUGAAGAGCUGGGCCUGGAAAAGAACUGGCAGAUGAACGCGUCCUGCGUGGUUGAGUGCCCUGUCAACUGUCAGCUUUCUGAGUGGUCUCCGUGGUCAGAAUGUUCUCAAACGUGUGGCCUCACAGGAAAAAUGAUCCGAAGACGGACAGUUACCCAGCCCUUUCAAGGUGACGGAAGACCAUGCCCAGCCCUGAUGGAACAGUACAAGCCUUGCCCAGUAAAGCCUUGUUAUCGGUGGCAAUAUGGCCAGUGGUCUCCGUGCCAAGUGCAGGAUGCCCAGUGUGGAGAAGGUACCAGAACAAGAAACAUUUCUUGUGUAGUAAGUGAUGGGUCAGCUGAUGAUUUCAGCAAAGCAGUGGAUGAAGAAUUCUGUGCUGAUGUUGAACCCAUUAUAGACGGUAAUAAGAAAAUGGUCUUAGAGGAAACCUGCACCCAGCCUUGCCCAGGCGACUGUUACUUGAAGGACUGGUCUUCGUGGAGCCUGUGUCAGCUGACCUGUGUGAAUGGCGAGGACCUAGGCUUCGGUGGAAUACAGGUCCGUUCCAGAGCUGUGAUUAUACAAGAACUGGAGAAUCAACACCUGUGCCCAGAGCAGAUGUUGGAAACAAAAUCAUGUGAUGAUGGACAGUGUUAUGAGUAUAAAUGGAUGGCUAGUGCUUGGAAAGGCUCUUCUCGGACAGUCUGGUGUCAAAGGUCAGAUGGUGUGAACGUAACAGGGGGCUGCUUGGUGGUGCGCCAGCCCGAUGCCGACAGGUCCUGUCACCCACCGUGUAGUCAGCCGCACUCGUUCUGUAGCGAGACCAGGACAUGCAGUUGUGAAGAAGGCUACACUGAAGUCCUGUCGUCGAACGGCACACUCGAGCAGUGCACGCUGAUCCCCGUGGUGGCGAUCCCCACCGUGGAGGACACGCGGGGAGACGUGAAAACCAGUCGGGCCGUGCACCCGACCCAGCCCUCCAGUAAACCGGCGGGACGGGGAAGGACCUGGUUUCUGCAGCCAUUCGGGCCAGAUGGGAGACUAAAGACCUGGGUUUACGGUGUAGCAGCUGGGGCGUUUGUGUUACUCAUCUUUAUUGUCUCCAUGAUUUAUCUAGCUUGCAAAAAGCCAAAGAAACCCCAAAGAAGGCAAAACAACCGACUGAAACCUUUAACCUUAGCCUAUGAUGGAGAUGCAGACAUGUAAAAUAUAACUUAUCCCAGCAACAACCAGUUUCAGCUUUCUGACUUUGCAGUAGAUAUCCAGAAGCCACAGAGCUAUUCAAACUGUGUGGAUUAAAGCGAAUUGUACCUUUUAAAAAGAACAUCAAGAAAAGUGAAAAAAAUCACAGUGCCAUUGGAGAUACCAAGACAGUACCACUUACACAGAAACCAUCAGCCCUAAGAAGUCUAGGAGAUUAGGUUGAAUACAUGCUGCCUUCUGAGAGUUUUGUGUGAUCUUUCCUGAAAUCUACCAACUGGCGAUGUACUUUCAUCUCUAAACUAUGGUGGUGGAAUUGGCCUCUUGGGAUGCCCGAUGCAAGCGUCUGUCUGCAGCGUUCACCCAUAGUCACAUUUUAGCAUGAAGAGUUUAUACCAAGAUCUCUACAAUACUAUAGGCAAGCGUAACACCACGUAUACUCAACUGAAUGGUACCCAUUAUUAUAUCAGAUUAUAUACUUGGUAAUAAGCCAUUUUAAUGCUCUAAGCUGAGCAGAAAGCCCAUUGAGUAAAUUCAGCAUUUCGUAGUUGAUGGUAGCUUUUAUUGACCUGCAUUUCAGAGGCAAAGACUUUUUUUUAUAAGACUUAAUUCUUGUCUUUCUCCAAAGUACGAAUGCUGGACAUGUACUAGUACCUUAGAAGAGUCCUCAAGUUGAGUAUUUUAUAGUGGUUAUUGUCUGGAAAACUAAUUUGCUUGUGUUCAUACAAUAAGUUUCUACUUUCCCCAAAUUCAGACUGGUUGCCUGCAUCUUUUUUGCUAAAAUGGAAGGCACAUUUUUGCACUAUAUUAGUGCAGCAUGAUAGGUACUUAACUGGUAUUGCCAUGGAAACUGCCUCUUUUCAUAUGGGAUGGAGACAUCUAUGCCGAGAGUGUCAUGGAGACAUUUACGCCUUCCUGUAUCCUGAAGAGAGUCAAGUUCAUUUUGGAUGGCGACAGGAUGGAAUUAGCUCUUACACCUGCUGCAUACACCUCUCCUCAUCGCUGCAGCCACUGUGACAUCAACGUGGCGGUAAUUGAAGUGUUUAAGUCCCAAACCUGUUAAUUCUCCAAAAGAUGGACCCCUCUAGUUGGUUUUUAAUCGUACUUUGAAGGCUGUUUAUGACUAGAUUUUUAUAUUUGUUAUCUUUGUUAAAAAAAGAAAAGAAAAAAAAAGGAGCUGGUUGUCUUUUUAAUUUUGAGCAGAUGGAGAAAAUAAUGUAUCGAUGAUUUUUGUACCUAAAAGAAACCAAGAUUGUGUGUUGACUUUUCCCCCGGAUUUGUUUUCCUACUUUCAGAUCAAAUGUAUUUCGAAAUCCAUAGUGUUGUCAUCUCACUGGUAAAAAUUGAAGUGGUCUUUUUAACUUAUGAUUUCAAAAACUAAAAUUUUUUUAAAAAGAGAAGAGUAAGUAUUUUGUCCAGGGCUUAAAUAUCAAGACCAAGGGCAGCAAACUUUUUCUGUAAAGAGCCAAAGUGGUAAAUAUUCUCAGCCAGGUCUAUGAGGCAACUUCUCAAUUCUGCCAUCGAGAGAACACAGCCAUAGGGAGUACAUAGGGCAUAAAGGAAUCAGCAUGGGUGUUUUCCAAUAAAAUGUUCUUUAAAAAAAGUCAGCAAGCCACAUUGGCAGGUUGUGGUUUGCUGACUGCUCGCCUAGAAGUUUUUUUCAAUGUUAACUCUCCAUUGUGUCAUCUUUGGUUUUCAUUCAUUUAUGCUCAGACUGAAAUCAGUGUUUCAUUUCAAAGAUUAAAACAGUCCUUAAAUGUAUCCCUGUGUUGGAAGCAGCUAUAUUUUUUACAGCUGUAGGCCUGGGAGGGACACAGUGAAAUAAUAUCUAACGUGGCAGACUUCUUUCAUAGGAAAAGAAAAUUCAAAAGGUGCCACUAAAAAGCAAUACUAUUUUUCAGGCAACUUUUUACUACAAUGGAUUUUGGGAGGGGGGAGGACAUUAGGGUGUCAGGUCUUUUAAAAAUAGUAUAACAGCUAUUUUUAUCUUAACUGUAGCUGUGUUGCUAUAAAAGUGGUUUGGACUAACUAGAAGGUAUUUACCUUCAUACUAGAGUUUGAACUCCCCCUGCUGUUCCCUGAAGUAUUUGCAAAAUUAUGGAAGUCAUCAGAUUAGGAUGCCAUUGUCCCCCAAAUGAACAUGUUUCAAUAAGAAUGAAAUGUGGUAAAUAUGAAUUUGUUAUUUAAUAGUUAUUGUUUUAGGUAAUGUAAAUAAUUUCAAAACAAACAAGUAGUCAGGAAGAUGAGACUUUUACCUUUAACCAAGGAAUUAAAUAAGGAAAAGCAUAGAAACAAAUUCCACUUCAUCUGUCUUAUCAAAGAGGAAGAAAAAAAUAACAGCGUUACUCUAAAACUGUGAUUGGCAAUACAUGUACUCAGGAGUCUUCCAGAUCGUUGAUCUCUUUGAAUUAAGCAAAUUCCAUUUGUCCAAAGUAGUUGAGAAUCUAUUGCAGUUUCUUGAAGAAUUCAGCUUAACAAUCUUUUGAAAUGCGUGCAACACCUAAUAACUUUGAAAUUAUUGAAUAAAAUAAAAUACCAUUGCUACUAAAGCUGCACCUA